AUGAACGGGGCAGAAACACGGAUAUACGCUGAAUCGCAUGCUACCGGCCAGCUGCCUACGCCAACGUCAACGCCCGAACCGGACGAUGUGGCACUCCCGGGUGCCCGCCGCGACAAUGAAGCCAAGAGCGAGGAACCGCUGCAGAACAUGACGAACGGUUCCAAGGUCGAGGUGAAUAGCGCAAUUGGCUCCAAUACGACGAGCAGGAGGCCGAGUGUGCACGAAGAGGCUAUACUCUCCGACACAAGCGAGAAGAUACGGCCUAUCAAGCGGCCUGGAGAUGCUCGGAGAAGGAGCAGCGUGUCGGAGCACGAGAAGAUUCUCAAACUCAGUCCCCGUCAGAUCCAAGAGCUUACGAGCGAACCGACGAGCAUCCCCAUACGAGCAGCGACUCCAAUUCUUGAAGACGAGCUGGAGGAUGUCACACCGCUGCAAGAUGCGGACGGACAGGGCAACAACAAACUAUUGGGCGUGGUGCUAGAGCGACCGGUGGAGCUGAAUGGCGACACCAGAAGAGAGAAGGGCUCGAGAGGGCGGGAUGGACCGCGAGAGAAGGAGGUUGUCCUAAUCAAGACAUCUGCAACCGAGUUACGCAACGGUCGACCAGUUCUUACCUCACGAUCCGUCACUACGCCCUCGCUCGUACGAAGAACAACGUCAAGGUCGCGGUCGCGCACACAUACGCAGACACAAGAGACAGAGGACCGGAGACAUGGCAGGCAUGUUCCUCCACCAUUGAGUCUAGACCACAGAGAUGUCACGUCAAAGGGGCAUGACCGACACAAGGAGACACGCGAGAUACGUGAGCAGGUCUCUCCGACCCCAAUCGCCCUUCCGCUACCACCGAUGUCGAUGCCUACCUUUCUUUCUUUAGAACUCUCCGCAAGCCGUCCCUCUCCGUUGUACAUAUACCGGCCAGCGACGACAGACUUUCCCUAUGAAUCGUCCGCGAUCAAGUACGAGCGAUUGCUCAACUUUCUGAGAAUCCCGUUGAAAAUUGAGGGUAUACUGGGCUUUGGAGCUCUUGCUUGUCUGGAUGCAUGGAUGCACGUCUUGACGAUUCUGCCACUCCGCUUCCUGCUCGCCAUCGUCAUCUUGGUCAAGUGGUGGGGAUCAGUCAUUGUAAAAGAGUUCCGUGACCUCUGGGCUUUUGUCUACAACGGUCUUCCUCGGUUUUGGCAGCGCAGGAAGCAAACUGACGUUCCUACGCCUCUGCCAACGCCCGCCGACGAGGUGCCUCCGUCCAUGUCGCGUAAGCCUUCGUCGUCUACUGUUCCCUCAGCCAAUACCACGGCUAGGCAGAACCCGCAAAUGUCGACAACUUUCAAGUUUCCAGACUUGAAUGAGCUGAGAGCGCGCCGGCCUCGAAACUCUCGAUUCCGCCAUCGGCGUACUAAGUCUACGCCAUCAACGCUACAGCCAAGCCACAAAGCAGACAUACUCAAGGGUCUGCUGGUCAUCGCCAGCUGCUUCGUCUUGAUGCGUUUCGAUGCUAGUCGUAUGUAUCAUGGUAUCCGCGGACAGUCAGCGAUCAAACUCUAUGUCAUCUACAACGUUCUCGAGGUCUGUGACCGCCUGCUCUCCGCUGUUGGUCAAGAUGUGCUAGAAUGCCUCUUCUCUCGCGAGACACUCGAUCGCAAUCCUGACGGCAGAAGCAAGGUGCUCCGGCCAUUCGGAAUGUUUGCUCUCGCACUCGUAUACACCGUCGCUCACGCUACAGCACUCUUCUACCAAGUCAUCACGCUGAAUGUGGCCGUCAACUCAUACUCAAACGCGCUUCUGACACUGCUCAUGUCUAAUCAAUUUGUGGAAAUCAAGGGUACCGUGUUCAAGAAGUUUGAAAAGGAGAAUCUUUUCCAGAUUACCUGUGCAGACAUUGUAGAGCGAUUUCAGCUCUGGCUCAUGCUUCUCAUCAUUGCAAUGCGCAAUGUUGUUGAAGUCGGUGGCCUCAGUAUUCAAAGUAGCGAUACGUCGUGGACGGCCAUGUUCACCGGAUCCGCUAAUGCGUCGUCCGCGACUGCAUUCAAGGCCUCGAGCAUCAUACCCAUGAGCUUUACAAUCUUUCCAAAGUACAUUGCUCAGGUACUCAAUCCGUUCCUUCUGGUGUUGGGGAGUGAGAUGUUCGUCGACUGGUUGAAGCAUGCGUACAUCACCAAGUUCAAUCAGUACAAGCCAGAGGUGUAUAGCAAGUUCUUUGACGUUCUGGCGAAGGACUACUAUUCUAACGCCUUUGCUGAUGCAGACUUGACACGACGUCUAGGUUUGCCAGUCAUACCACUGUCCUGCCUCUUCAUCCGCGCUGCUAUUCAGACGUACCACAUGUUCAUUGCCAUGCACAUGCCGCCUCCUCUCCACACGACAUCAACAUCACUCUCUUCUAACCCCGCUUCAUCCCCCACCACGACCGCAGCUCUCGCCCAUAUCGACCAUGUCUUCCGUCGUGCCUUGGGGCGUUCUUCCUUUGGUGCUGGUCUUCCCUCCCAAGCCUGGUAUCACCCGUUCUCGUACACCCUCGACGAUCUGAUCGCCGGCUCGACCAUGCUCAUCGUCUUCCUCGUCGGCUAUUUCAUUUUCCUUGCUUUCAAACUCAUUCUUGGUAUGCUCCUGUUAUCCAUCAGUCGCAAGCGGUACCAUGGUAUGGAAGAACGGGAAAAAAUGAAUGUCGAGACUGGGGGCAAGAGAAUCGGAGGCUGGGGUGUAGUAGAUGUGGAUGAUGAAAAGAGGAAGGUGAUUUAUGAUGAUGACCCCGAAGCGCUGAAGCGGUUGCGCGAGAGAGACGAGAAGGGUAGGAAGAAGGAGCAGGAGGAAAGGGAGAGGGGGACAAGUUUUGGACAUGUUAGUCGGUAUGCUAUGGUUGCUAAGAGGAUAUGGUGA